UGAUAAGUGAUUCGCAAAGCUGUCAAAGUUUUUUAUUAUUUAAUUUUUGGAAAAUUACCAAAUUGAUGUUACCAAAGAUAAUAAAGUGUAUAUUUGAAUAUAAAUCAGAUUCCCAUUUAAAUUCUAUUUUUGAUAAAAUGUAAUACAUAACGUAUCAAAGAAUCAGCCUACAUAAAUCUUAGUGUAAUGUCAAGCCUCCACGAAAUUUUCUUGGAAGAGGUUCAUAAUUUCCCAGCUCAAAACAAUCUAAAAACUAGAUAUAACUGAUAUGUAGUAAAAUAUGGUAUUGGAAAGUACAAUGAUAUGUGUAGACGACAGCGAUUAUAUGCGGAACGGCGAUUUUCCUCCAACAAGAUUACUUGCUCAACAAGAUGCCGUAUACAUGUUAACCCGAUCAAAGCUUCGUUCUCAUCCAGAAAAUAAAGUAGGUUUAUUAUCCCUAGUGAAUCAAGAAGUACUAAUGAACCUUACCAAUGAUAUCGGUCGAUUAUAUUCCAAACUUCAUUCAAUACAACCUAAUGGAAAAAUAGAUUUAUAUCGUGGAAUUAAAACAGCCCACUUGGCUCUAAAACAUAGAGAAGCUAAAAAUCAUAAAACACGCAUUAUUGUUUUUGUUGCUAGCCCUGUAACUAACGAAGAAAAUAAAUUAUUACAGCUUGCUAAACAGCUUAAAAAAGAAAAAGUUACAGUGGAUAUCAUUAGUUUCGGAGAAGAUAAAGUAAACAAUGAUACACUAAAUGAAUUCAUUUCUACACUCAACGGAAAAGAUGGUACCAACAAUCAUUUGAUAACAAUUGCAGAAGGUCGUAAUAUAUCAGAUACGUUACUUACUACUCCUCUAUUAGAAAGUGCUGCUGCAGCUGAAAGUUUAUUGGAGCAAACACCAAUGGACAUUGGAUUUGAUUAUGAAGAUGAUCCAGAGUUAGCAAUGGCGUUGUUUCUUUCUCUGAGAGAAGAAGAGGCCCGCAUAAAUAGAGCUAACGCUGCAAACGCAGUGACUCAAGAAAGUAACGAAUCGAUGGACCAUGAUGAACAAAACAACGCAGCUGUAGAUGAUAUUGAUUUCUCACAACUUACUGAUGGUCAACAACUCAUUUAUGCUAUAAGAAUGUCAUUACAGAAUGAACAUAAUUCCGUUGCAGAAAACGUUGAAUUUUUAGAAAUGUUGAACGAUCCGAUUUUCAUUGAAAAUUUCAUCAAUAAUUAUCCAGAGCUUGAUUUAAAAUUAGAAGAUGUAUCAGAAGCUGUACAAACUUUAUAUAAAAAUAACAAAUUCAAAGAAGACGAAAAUGACGAAGAAGAACAUUGAUAUAAAAGAUACAAAUUAAUCGGCAUUCAAAAAGGUUAACACGUAGUUCCCUCUGGAUACUAAGAAAUUCAGAGGCGAUAUAUAAAUGAAAACGGUAACAUAUUUAAUUGUUUUUAAUUGUUUUUGAUAAUUGUUCUUUCCAUUACUUCGUAAAAUAAUAUAUGCUCAAAUUUCAUGAGAUAAAAA